AUGACGGGAUACAGAUUUCACCCAACGAACAAGGAGCUGCUGAAAUAUCUGUUAGGGUUUGCGAUAAACAAACCACUUCCACAACAAUAUCAAUUCAUGCAGCUUGUAAAUCUCUACGCAGAUAAGGAGCCAUGGGAGAUUUUUGACAGCACCAACAACCAGACUGGUUACGUCAUCACUCAACACAAUAAAGAGAAGGAGCAGCAUAUAAGAGUUAAAGGAACAGUGGGGAUCAAUGGAACAUGGAAGCUACAAGGCAAAGUGAAUGAGAUGUUUGACGAUAAAGGGAAACUCAUGCGGUAUGUCAAGAAUUUGAAGUACAACCGCACCAUAAAAAAUCUUCAGACAACCCUAACGGCGACUGGUUGA